UGCGGCAACUCUCCUACUCCUGCAGCUUCCGCAGGGUAAAGUCGAACAGUUUCGCUCGCUAUUCCUUCAUUAGUCGGUUGCAGUCCUGCAACAUUCGGCAGGAUGGCGGUGUGGCGGUCGUGAAUCUGACGGAUAGCGUCGCGUGUUUGCUUCCGCACGUGCUCCGAAAUCAAACAAAAUUCCUGCAGGUGGAUUCUGCAGGAUUUUUACUUUCGAGGCAUUGAGCGGCUUUUUGGUUUUCGUGCUUUGUCAACGCGAGGCUGAGGAAAAUUUCAUUGGCUGUUAGGGGUUUGAGUGCGGAUUUGAAAGAACAAACUUGGAAGAACAUGAAGAAAAACUUUCGUGUUUUCAGAUUUUGACAAUUUCCGGCGGAUGGAAUUCAAAAGGAUCGGCUGAGGUACUUUGCGACCUGCUGCUGUAUGAGCACUCAUGAUGCCAUCAAAAAUGAGUGGCACUGGAAGCCAAUGCCACAUGGUGGACCAACCCUGUUGGUCAAGUCCUUCAGCUAGUCCAUCUCCACCGCCUCCACCGCUGCCUCCUCCAGUGGCGGCUCGUUGGGCCAGGAUGGAGCAAAACAGUGCAGACUCGUGCCCUCAUUGUAGAGGCAGACUCGCCUCUUUGCCUACUCGGACUACUUCAUUGAGCAGCUACAGUUGCAAAGAUCGAAGUACGCCCAUUCCGAGGGCACCAGACGAUGAAGAUUCAUUUCCGGUUAUCUGUGAUAGAGACAUGCAUUCGUUACAUCGAAACAUCCCCGCACUGCGAAGAAGAGAUGUUGAUACCAACACUAUCAAACAACAUUAUUAUCCUGAAGGUGGUUGGGGUUGGUUGGUAUGCGGGGCAGCUUUUUUAGCCCAUCUUCUUACUUCAGGAAUGCAACUUGCCUUCGGUCUGCUUUAUCUGUACACCAUCAAAUUUCUCGUUAAAACGAAAAGCGAUAAUGAAAAGGACUUCUAUGUUAUGGCAACAGCCUGGCUUGGAGCUUUGUGUUUGUGUGUUUCAUUCACAACAUCACCCCUUAUCGUGGCAGUUUGCAGAAGAAAAUCGACACGACUUGCAUCCGUUAUCGGAGGUUUAGUAAUGGCUCUGGCUUGUUUGUUCACAUCGUUUGCCGUCAAGUUUCAUCAAGCCUUACUGAGUUACGGUUUAGUUCUUGGAUUAGGUGCAGGAAUCGUAAGGGAAACUUCCACCAUUGUUCUGGGUCACUACUUUAAGAGGAGAAGAGAAUUUGUGGAGAUGGUUGCACAAGCUGGAACGGGAGUUGGAAUAGCUCUAUUUUCCGUACUGUACAAGGAAGGUAUUGGGAAAUUAGGUUGGCGAUUAGGCCUGCAAGCAAUCACCGGCCUACUAUCAUUGGCCUUUUUCCUGCCUAUAGUCUACCGGUCAGCCAAUCUCUACCAUCCGCAAAGAAGAGCUAUCACUCACUUGAAAAACCAAAGAAGAAAAAUGAAAGAGAAGAAAAGCCAUUCGAAGAUUAAAAAAGCCCCUGUGUUCGAUCUUAGCCCAUUGAAAAGUCGAGGGCUCAGGGUUAUAAUGUUAGCAUGCGGAUUUGGAGCUUUGGGGAUUUAUGCUCCAGUUUUUUAUUUGGUUUACCAGGGUUAUAGAGAAGGUCUAGAAGACAGUGCUCUGGUUCUUCUCCAGACAUUUAUGGGAUUCGCUUCUGCAUUAGGCUGUGUAGGCUUUGGCCUAAUAACCGUUAGACCCAGCACUCAGUGCCUCAUUUCUCGGCAAUAUUUGUGCCAAACUGCCCUAAUAGGAAUUGGAAUUUCUCUGCUAGCACUUAGCGCAGUCCAAGGAUAUCACGGUUACGUGCUCUUUGUCUGGCUGUACGGAAUCUGCCUUGGCGGUUUCACAUAUUCAUUGAAAAUGUUCGCCUUAGAACGAAUUAGAAAUAAGCACUUUACCAAAGCGUGGAGCUUCAUUCAAGGUGCCAAAUCGAUUCCUGUUCUAUUAGGAAUCCCGUUGACCGGUUAUAUCAAUCAGACCUACCCCAAAGCUGGCUAUUAUUUUAGCUCGUGUUCAGCGCUAAUCGGGGCAACGUUGAUGUUCCUAGUGGGCACUAGAAAGGAACCGCUAAACUUCCAAACCAGUCCCACGAAUAACUGCAAUUUGAACAAUUGUGCAGUUACUAAUAUAAACGACUGCGUGUGCAGUGUGGGUGCCUACAAUGGAAUGUGUGCAGCUGAUCCUGAAUUACUUCAGUACAACUUUUGUAGACCAAUAACGAAUCACUACGAACGAAUUUUUACCAAUUAUGAUGACUUUCAUAAUAAGCCUAAUUUAAACAUCCCUCAUAGGCAUUCGUAUCGUCAGAAACCCGAACACAGAAUGCAUUACUUACCAAAAAGUUUGAGCUACGCAGCAAACAUCGACCAUUCAGCAUAUCACACACCCAAACAUCACGUUCCUAUUAAUCAACAUGAUCCAGGCCGAUUCUCCUCACUUCCUAGAGCUCAACAUCGAGGAAUCCUUCGACCUAGUAAAAGCGUUCCAGAAGGAUUAUCCAGGUGGGACUACUGCGGUUCCUAUCGCAGGCCUCUUGUAAGGAACGUUCAAGUAAUUGAGCAAAUAACGACUUCUGUGUAGGGUCAGUGUAGUAAAAGUCUAAAUCAGGAACAGCAGGUUUUCGUUUAUAAUUGCGGCCCAAUGCUUCAUCCAAAAAUUGGGUCUACGGAUACUAAACGAAAUUUAAACUUACAAAAUAGUUUAUCAACCAACAUGCAAUACAGUAAUAAAUUUUGUAACUGUACCAGCAUUUUUACAUAUGCAAACUUAAUUAAAAAAGAUCUUAGAACAGUUUUUUCGACCUUUGUACAGAUAGUUUCUAAAUAAGCAAUCGGACCAAUCCAUGUGUGACAUCUUUAGCCAAAUUGUAAAGUCUAGUAGACUGUAGUUGUAUUACUUGUACAGAACAGUAAAUAAGAUUCAUUGUUUCAUACAACCAAAGACGUAUUGUUAGAUGAUAGAUGAAGAGUGCACAAAAUAAAUCAACAUUUAUAGUGUA